AAAUCACGUGGCACUCAGUUUAAGACAAAAGAAUAAAUGAUUUUUGGGGAUUUGGUCCGAUCCGGUCAGUUGAGCUAGGUCAGCCAGGAACAUUUUCCAAGAAACUUCUGCAUUUAAUUGAACUUAAGUUAUAUAGCAAACCAACUUAACUAAAUGGCGAUGAUAGGUUUACCUAUGGUACCUACACUUCAAAAUUCUGUAGUCUAAAAAUGGCGAUGAUAGGCUUACCUGAAGUCUUCGUAGCAUUCAUUUCUUUCCUUGUAUUCAACUGUUCCUUCCUCCUCAAGAAAUCUCAGAGCCAGCCUAUUCUCAAGAACUGGCCUUUCUUUGGGAUGCUUCCAGGAAUGCUCGCCCAUAUCCCUCGUAUUUUUGACUUCUCCGUCGAGGUUCUCGAGGCCACCAAUCUAAUUUUUUCUUUCAAAGGGCCAUGGCUUAGUGGUACCGACAUGCUAUUCACGGCCGACCCAUGGAAUAUUCAUCACAUACUAAGCUUAAACUUUGGCAAUUACCCUAAAGGACCUGAGGCUAAGAAGAUCUUCAAUGCUCUCGGAGAUGGAAUCUUAAGUGCUGAUAUGGAGCUGUGGGAGAAUCUGAGGAAGUCAAAUCACGCCAUCUUUCAUCAUCCAGAUUUCCUGAAGCUGUCAGUAAGUAGCAAUACAAUUAAGCUAAAGGAAAGUCUUAUUCUUUUUCUUGAUAAUGCUGCUCAUGAAAAAAUUAUCAUAGACUUACAAGAUGUGUUCAAGAGAUUCAUGUUUGAUACUUCUUCGAUUUUGAUGACUGGUUAUGACCCAAUGUCACUGUCCAUUGAGAUGCCAGAAGUUUUGUUCGAUGAAGCUGUGGAAACAGGUGAAGAAGCUAUCUAUUAUAGAUAUUUCAAACCGGUGAUCUUGUGGAGACUUCAAAGCUGGCUUGGUAUUGGACUUGAGGGGAAGAUGCGAACUUAUUUGGCGGCUUUCAAUCGUAGGUUUGCAAAGAUCAUAUCUUCUAGAAGAGAGGAGAUGAGCCGGGGGAAAAGAAAACAAUCAGUGGACGUGUUAACGUAUUAUAUGAAUGUGGAUACGACCAAAUAUAAGCUCUUGAAACCGAAUAAUGAUAAGUUUAUACGAGACGUUGUUUUCAGUCUAUUGUUGGCAGGAAGGGACACUACAAGCUCAGUUCUCACUUGGUUCUUUUGGCUUCUUUCUAAGCAUCCUCAAGUUUUGACCAAGAUCCGGAAAGAGAUCAACACUCAGUAUGAUCCUACAGAUCUAGAGAAGCUCGUGUAUCUACAUGCUGCAUUGUCCGAAACAAUGAGACUCUACCCACCACUUCCCUUUAACCAUAAGUCUCCUGCAAAGCCAGAUGUACUUCCAAGUGGGCACAAAGUUGAAGCAAAUUCAAAAAUUGUGAUAUGUAUUUAUGCAUUGGGAAGAAUGAGAUCUAUAUGGGGAGAAGACGCAUUGGAUUUUAAACCAGAGAGAUGGAUUUCAGACAGUGGUAAUCUAAGACAUGAACCUACAUACAAGUUCAUGGCUUUUAAUGCCGGUCCGAGAGCUUGCUUGGGUAAAAAUUUGGCUCUAAUGCAGAUGAAGAUAGUGGCUGUGGAGAUAAUACAAAAGUAUGACUUUGAGGUCACGAAAGGUGACAAGAUCAAACCAGUCCCUUCUGUCAUUCUCCGUAUGAAACAUGGUCUUAGUGUCAAAGUCACUAAGAAGAUAUGAUUCCUAUCAAUGAUAGGGCCACUACUGGUAUUACCAGUGUUUGUUCUGCGAAAAUAACUUUAUUAAUCUAUUAUUUAUGAGAGCAUGAUUAA